AUGGCAAAGCUAGCCGUGGCAACGUCCCUCUUAAUGGUGGCUACAGGCGUGUGGGUUAUUGGUAUCUUCUUCCAGUUCACGUUCAAGGAAACAAAUCUGAAAGAACAGUACAUGUUUUACAAGCGCCAGCCAAAGAAGUAUGUCAGCGACAGCUUUGAAGAAGUUUACUCAGAAGAG